ACCUUACACGACUUGCCCCUUUGUGCUUCUCGUGCCUUCUUGCUCCAACACCAACAUCUGGGAUCGUCACGUGAUCUCGAUAAGGUCUUAUCGCAGCUCGACCCAUUCCAGCAUUAGCGUUGGGGGCUUGGCUGCCUCCCCACAUGACGAAUCGUGACCAUUCGAGACUCGUCGUUCUCAUCUCAUCAUCGCCAUCGCCAUCACCAUCACCACUCGCCUCCUACCUACCACAACCUCUUGCUUCUUGCUUUCUCCCCUAGUACAGAAACCCCACCCACUUCGCAGCAUUUCCAGUUCGCUUCCCGCGCAACUUCGUCCAGCUGCAACCAUACCAUGGCGGCCAACACCAAGUACACCCCCGCGCCCACCCGGGACCCGGAAGAGAACGAACAUGGCCUGUAUGACCAGGCGCCCCCCUCAUACCAGGAAGCCGGCAGCAGCUCGGCGGCCCAGGACGAAGCUCGGCUCUUCGGCGGCGGUGCUCCGCGCGCCAGCCAGGACGGCGACGACAUUCCCGAUGACUUCAAGUUUGGUGGUUCCGUCGCCGAAGCGACCAUCGACAUCCGGAACCAGUUCAUCCGCAAAGUCUACGCCAUCCUGACCGUUCAGCUCAUCGCCACCGGCGCCGUCUCCUCCCUCAGCUUCUUCAACCAAGCCUACAAGACCUGGAUCCAGUCUCACCCAGGCCUCGUCUGGGCUUCGCUCCUCGGCGCCAUAGUCUUCAUGCUCCUCACCUACUGGAAACGCAAAUCCUACCCGACCAACCUCCUCUUCCUCGCCGGCUUCACCCUCCUCGAAGCCUACACCAUCUCCGUCAUCGUCUCCUUCUACUCCGCCGGCAUCGUCCUCAACGCCGUCCUCCUCACCGCCGGCAUCUUCGUCUUCCUGACCGCCUUCGCCUGCCAGUCCCGCUACGACUUCACCUCCUGGAUGCCCUACCUCUUCGGCGCCCUCUGGGGGCUCAUCCUCUUCGGCUUCAUGGCCGCCUUCUUCCCCUACAGCUCCACCACCGAGCUCGUCUACGGCGGCCUCGCCGCCCUCAUCUUCAGCGGCUACAUCCUCGUCGACACCCAGCUCGUCAUGCGCAAGCACCACGUCGAGGAGGAGAUCGCCGCCGCCAUCAGCCUCUACCUCGACAUCGUCAACCUCUUCCUCGCCAUCCUGCGCAUCCUGAAUAGCCAGAGUAACAACUGAGCGAGCGGCCCGUGCGCGAGUACGCAAAAUUGCUGCGUGGCGUGAAAGAAGAGGUUAAGAAACCAAACGUCAAGAUGAGGAAGACAGGUUUUACGUGGUUGGAUGGAGAUCCUCUCAUGCGGGAGAACGGGGGAGGGAGGUUUAACAAUGGUAAUUCAGGCCCAGCGAUGCUGCGGUUGACAGACCGUAGCUUGGCAAUCUCGGACAGAAGGCGUUCUUCAGGCUCUUUGGAUUUUCGGUUUCUCUACGGCAGUCGUCUGUUCUCGUGUCCUCUCCCAUCUUUCUACUCUGCUCGCAGUGUUUGCAGGACUCAGUUGCGACUUGUAUUCUAAUAUCCAAGUAGGUGGGUAGGUAGCGUAAAUGGAGACAUUUCCACCCCGACCAAA